CAAAAUUUAGAGGUGCAACUUACCUCUACAAUACAAAAGGAGGGUCGCAAACUUUCACCCUUUCGAUGUUCUCCCAUUUUGAAGUAGAAAAUACGAAAGGAUGGCGUUCACUUCAGAGAGAGAGAGCGUCGUUGGGGGUUUAAGAGAGAGAAGCUCGACGAAAAGCUUUUUCAAUCUGUUCUGUGGGGCUUCAGCUCGUCUCAAAUUUGGUUCGGAAUGAAGCUUGGUUCGGAAUGAAGCUUACGUGCCUCAACCAGGGCAAGGGAUUUUACUUCCCACCAUGCCAUAUGCUUCAUAUUUGUGGGGUUCAGAUUUUAUUGGAGUUUCCACUUGAUUUAUCGGCCACUAGCGUGUUUUCCCCUAUCAAUAUCGGUCGAGCGCCCACUCGAGACGAUUCAUCUCCGGGGAAAGUUUUGAAGCUAUGCAAGAGGAGAAAGAUUGAUAGUGAAGAAGAACCUAAAUUUGACGAAACUACGGAUUCUAAUGACGCUUUUGAAGUUUUGAAAGGAAGUGAAUUAAUUUGUGCUGAACCCUGGUAUAAAACUGCUUGUUUGCAUCAAUGGGAUAUUUCAAUGAUCGAUGUGGUUUUAGUAUCGAGCCCCUUGGGCAUGCUUGGUUUGCCCUUCCUAACACGUGACAAGAGGUUCUCGGGCAAGGUUUAUGCAACAAUGCCUGUUGCAAAGCUUGGACAAUUGAUGAUGGAGGAGCUUGUUUCGAUGCAUGAAGAGUUCAGGCAACUUUAUGGCCCCCAGGAGCCUGGUUGCCCUCAUUGGAUGUGUAGUGAGGGACUUGAUUUACUACCCAAAGCAUUGAGAGAGAUUGUGGCUGGGAUGAAUGGCUUGGAUCUUGUGAAUUGGCAGUGCUUGUACAGUGCAGCGGAUGUCAAGGUUUGCUUGAAGAAGGUCCAUACUCUUAGAUAUGCUGAGGAAGUUUGCUAUGAUAACACUUUAAUAAUUAAGCCAUUCAGCUCUGGAUUAGAGAUAGGCUCUUCAAAUUGGAGAAUAAGUGGGCCAAGGAGAAACUUAAUGUACCUGACAAGCUCUGUCUUUGAAUCUGAUCACACAAUGGAUUUCGAUUAUAGAUCACUUCAGGGAAGUGAUGUAAUUUUAUUUUCAGAUUGCUCAUAUGUCCAUAAUACGGAGUAUAAAGUGCCUUGCACUUCCAGUGCCUCUCUAAGCAGUGAUUGUUAUUCUGACCGGGCCAAUAAUGCUGCUGAACUUUUAUCUGAUAAUAGUGAGAGCUUGAAAGAGAUGCAGAAAAUUGGCUUUAUAUGCUCAUGUGCAGUAAACUCUGUUAAAGCAGGAGGUUGUGUUUUAAUAUCAAUUGGCAGAAUAGGAUCUUCCCUUGUGCUUUUAGAACAGUUAUCACUAAUGCUGGACUCUUCAGACCUUAAGGCUGCAACCUCUUGGCAUAGUGCUGAGCAUAAAGGUUGUGGCACUAACGUCCAAUAUUCGAGUUCCAGUUUACCAGACCCUAUAGUUGUGGGCCCUUUGCCGUGCCUGAAACACGUCUCCAAUAAGAAUAUUCCAAUAUUUUUAUUGUCAACCAGUGCUGAAGAAAUGUUGGCAUUUUCUAAUGUUAUUCCAGAAUGGCUUUGCAAUCAGCGUCAACAGAAGUUGUAUUCUGGUGAGGCAUUAUUUAGUCACACAGAGCUCCUAGGUGCAAAAAAGAUUCAUGUGUUCCCUGGAGUUGAUUCUCCUGGUCUAAUAAACGCAUGGCAGGAACCUUGCAUAGUAUUCUCCCCACAUUGGAAUCUGCGGAUUGGUCCAGUUGUUCAUUUACUUCGACGUUGGCGGGGGAAUGAAAAAUGUUUGCUUGUUAUAGAGCAUAUGAUGGAUACUGAUAUAGCCCUCUUGCCUUUCAAGCCUUUAGCGAUGAAGGUCCUCCAAUGUUCUUUUUUGUCUGGCAUAAGGUUGGACAAAGUUCAGCCGUUAAUGGAAAAGUUACAGCCAAAGAUUGUGCUGUAUCCAGAGGAUUCUAGAAUAAGGGUUUUGCCUGAUGACCGAAAUCUCUAUACGAUCCUAUACUACACCAAAAAUGAAACUGUGAGGAUCCCAUGCCUUAGAAAUGAGAUUGAAGCUGAACUAUCAAAAGACCUAGCCAUUGGGCUUAAGCCCAAACUACUGAAAAAUGGAAGCAUGGCCAUAGCAAGGGUCAAAGGCAAGAUAAAUCUAAAUCUUGGAAGACAUCUAUUAGGGCCAGUUCCAGAACCUUCCAGGACAUUUCAACACGAGGACGAGAAGGACUUGAUGGAUGUAGUUUCAGUUGAGAAUUCCAGAAUCUUCCAGAGAAGAGGUGACCUUCCGGUUCUGGCAGAAAAAUCUUCUAGAAUCUUCCAUAAUCGGGUAGUACACUGGGGUUCUAUGGAUCCAAGUAUGUUAUUAGUGGCCUUGGAAGAAAGGGGCAUUAAUGGCACUUUAGUAAAACAUGAAACUAGUUCUGGGUUUUCUUGCAAGAUACAUGUAAGUGAACCCAACAAGGCUGUUAUAGAUAUUAGUGGGAGCAGUAGUGUAAUUAGCACAGGUGAUGAAUCUUUGGGUGCCCUUAUACUUGAAGCGGUGAGUAGUACUCUGGAUUCUAUAUGAGCUGCUAGGUGAUAAAGAAGUCUUUUAUGAAAAUUAUUUGCAUUAGUUGAUGACCACUUCACCUAAUGGUUCGUAGAUAGUGGGCUUCGAUCUUCUCUUCCAGCCAGUGUUGAAAAUUACAGGCUUGGGCUCGUGAGGGUCCCACAGCUCCAGCACUUGCUUAGCCGGCUGGUGAUUUUCACACAAAGAAACUAAGGUUGGAGCAGGGGCUCGGGCAAGUAGUGGCCACAGUUUUGCCUCCAGAAAUGCCAAGGCACUGAUCUAAGCCUGGGCGAGUCCCUGAUUUUUUAUUUUAUUUUAUUUUUUACACUUCUCCCAGCUGAUUUUUAUUUGAUUAGUCUAUCUCUCUGUCUAUCUGGGAAGGUUCAUAAGUUUUUUUUUUUUCUUUCUAAUUUGUUGCUUAUGGUACAUCGAUCCAGUUGAGAAAUUAGAUGGCAAAAAAUUGUCAUAUUUAAUCCGAAAUGAGAUACUAAUA